CCGAGGUUGCCAAGUGGACUUUUAUUGUUUUCCACCCACUUCCAAGUCGAUACUAUCUGCCGUCUCAUGUCCAUCCUAUAGCCUAUAUAAGCGGCUGCACUGGAGCUGGCGGCGAUGGAGUAGUUUGUGGAUACGGCGGGAGCGCAGGGACGGGAGGGGGGCGGGCGGGCCAGCCGCGGAAUACUCGGACUCCCUGCCGUUCGCGGGCCUGCUGCCGUCCGGGGAGCGGCUCCCGGGGGAAGACACCUCGGCUUCUAGGACAGACACACAGUGAAACAGGAGACCUCACAAAGCAGCGGAUCCUUCCACUUUAUCCGCUCAUGCACUCUUCAGGUCGGACUGCAAUGAGUGGACUCAGGUCUUCUGGGCUGCUGGGGCUGGUACUCUUAAUGCUCUCAGCAGGAUACUGCAAAGAAAAAACGGACUCCACAGAUCUGAAGGACAAGCAAAGUCUCUUAAAUCUCAUCAUGGAGAUCAUUCAGGAACUGAAAAGGUACCACCUGGAGAAGGACAGUGGGAUGCAGUACUUCUCCAAGCAUGACUAUAACUUGGAUCGAAGAGAAGUGGCUGACUAUGGAGGAUACCAGGAUGAGCAGAGAGUUGAAAUAGUUCCCAGAGAUCUGAGGAUGAAAGACAAGUUCUUGAAGCAUUUAACAGGUCCACUCUACUUUAGCCCAAAAUGUAGCAAACACUUUCAUCGGCUUUAUCACAAUACAAGGGACUGCACCAUCCCAGCAUACUAUAAAAGAUGUGCCAGGCUUCUUACUCGAUUGGCAGUAAGCCCUAUGUGCAUGGAAGGAUAAAGAUGUUAUUACCAUGACAAGAAACACCAAGAACCAAGAGAAGUGCCUUGGAAACCAACAGGGAAAUAGAACUUACUACCUUUUAGCGAAUUCCAUUGUGAACAAGAGAUUUAUUUUUGCAGAUUGACUACUUCCCAUAAUUCUUUUAACAUGCAUUUUGUAUGUCAUCAACAGUUUGCAGAUUGACGUUCUCUACAGUAGCAUAACUGCCAGUAGUACUUAAUGCUCCAUACUUAAAAACACACUACAAUUGAUGUGUAAUGCUGCCAAAAAUUAUGUAAACACAAAUACUUCACCAAGAAAAUUAAUGUUCUAUUGCUUAAUUCUACAGUUUUAAGGAAUGUUUGUUUGUAUAUCUAGAACUACUAAAGAUCUGCUCCACAGUAGUUGUGGUCACUUGAUAUCCUUCAUGCUUAUACAAUUUUUUUAAAAGUUUGGUUAAAACAGACUUGCAUUGGGGUCACAUUGUACCCUGGAGUACAAAUUGCAUGACAAAUAGGAACGUAAUUCCAAGUAGACAUACUUUUUGGGACAGUGGAGCAUGGAUUUUGUACACAAACACAAGCUGCCAUUAAUUUACUUUAUAUAAUAAAUGUAUAAAACAUUCCAGCGAACGUGCAAUAUGUAAAUAAUGUAAAUAACAAGCGUAAGUAAUAAAGUGUUUGGUAUUAAGUUGUUCUCAGUUUGCUUUCUGUUCACUGAAUCCAGGUAAACAAACUACAUUCUGGUAGCUACUAUCAUUUAUCCACACUUAAUGCUUCUUUACACAAGAGUUCACUAGUGUAAGAAGGAACGGUGCAGUAACCUGGACACCCUGGAUUUUUGAGAAUGCACAGAUCUCUGUUUCAAACCCACAGAAUGCCCAGACUACAAGACUGCUCAAAUUCUCUAUAGCAUUAUAAAAUGCAAUAUUUUUUGAGACUAACAGAUGUUCUGAGAUUUUUGUUUGGGGUUUGGGUUGGGGCUUUUUGUUUGUUUUUUA